UCGCUUUGCCAUUUGCUCUUUCGCAUACAACCCAGUUCACACCAGCCCAACGCGCCGCGCCUAACCCAAUAACCCGUUUCCCUUCAAACUCGUGGUUGGGUUCGGAAGCAGCAGAAUUCACGAGCUUCUACUCCAUCUAUCAAACGUAACCGCCGACUUUCCAGUAAUAAUAUACCGUCAAGAUGCCAGGCCUCGUCACAGCGACCGGCGUGUUAGCUUUCCUGGCCGACGAGGAACCGGAGCUCAAGGUCUUCGCCCUCAAAACGCUCAACGACGACAUUGACACCGUAUGGACGGAGGUGGCGGGUGCAUUGAGCCAGAUUGAGGCCCUGUACGAGGACGAGAGCUUUCCUGAGCGCCAGCUCGCUGCCCUUGUUCUCGCCAAGGUCUAUUUCCACUUGCAGGCCUACAACGAGAGCAUGACUUUUGCGCUCGCAGCAGGACCCCUGUUCAAGUUCGAUGCGCCCGGCGAGUUCGAAGAAACCAUCAUUUCCAAGUGCAUUGACCAGUACAUCGCCGUGUCCUCAGCGCGCCACGCUCCGUCGAAGCAGUCCAAGAACGAUAUCUCGUUGCCAGCUCUUUCCACAACCUUCGGCAGCGGCUCACUUGAUGGAUCGGCUUUGAUCUCGCCCACCACCCCGUUCUCUCAGUCCACCCUUCCGUCCAAGUCUCUGUUGUCUCGCGACUCGACCGACAAUACAAUUUUGGACCCCACGUUUCAACCGACCAAGGAAGGCCGCUCUGCCUCGGUUGCUCAAAUCACCGAUAACAGCACUCGUGCUGCCUUGGAGUCGGUGAUUGAGCGGCUAUUCGAGAGCUGUCUCGAGGAGGGCAAGUAUCGACAGGUGGUUGGCAUUGCCGUCGAAGCAAAGAAUCUUGAUGUGCUUCGAAGGGUCAUCAAGCGUGCUAGCGAUGAUGGGAAGCGAGCCAAGGCCAAGGCACAGGAUGGCAGCCAGGGGCCGGCCGAGGAACUGAUGGACUAUGCGCUUAGCAUAUGCAUGGACAUCGUGCAGGAACGUGGUUUGCGGACGGAGAUCCUGCGCCUGAUCCUCGACCUCCUCAACGACAUCCCGCAUCCAGAUUACUUUGCGAUUGCCAAGUGCGCUGUGUAUCUUGACUCUGACGAGGAGGCAUCAGCCUUGCUUCGGCAGCUUGUCGCCAAGGGCGACCACAACGCAAUCGCUACCGCAUACCAGAUUGCUUUCGACCUGUACGACAACGGCACUCAGGAGUUCCUGGGCAAGGUGAUCAAAUCCCUGCCCUCUGGCGAACUCCCGAAAAAGCCCGAAGGCGAGGAAGGGGGUGAGAACACUGCGGAAAGCGAGCCACUUCUCGAGAAUCAAGAGAGUUCCGAGGAAGCACUCCCAGAGGAGGUGGCUAAGGUGUACCGGAAUAUCCGAUCCAUUCUCGACGGAACCACGACGAUCAAGUUGAACCUCGAGUUCCUCUACCGGAAUAAUCAUAUGGACAUGAGCAUUCUCAACAAGGUGCGGGACAGCCUUGAGGGUCGCAGCUCGAUCUUCCAUACCGCCGUCACAUUCUGCAACGCCUUUAUGAACGCAGGGACCACGCAUGACAAGUUUUUCAGGGAUAAUCUGGACUGGCUCGGCAAGGCCGUGAACUGGUCAAAGUUCACGGCUACUGCAGCACUAGGUGUCAUUCACCGUGGCAACCUGUCACAGUCGCGCAAGCUUCUUGAACCCUAUCUCCCGAGGCAAGGCGGAGUCACCAGUGGCUCCAUCUUCAGCCAGGGCGGUGCGCUGUACGCCUAUGGGCUUAUCCACGCGAAUCACGGUGCGGAUGCCUUGGAUUAUCUUCGGACCAUGUUUAAUUCCGCAGAUGAAGAGGUCAUCCAGCACGGUGGCGCGCUUGGACUCGGUAUUGCCGGAAUGGCCACAGGCAACGAGCAGAUUUUUGACGAGCUCACCAAGGUCUUAUUUGCAGAUUCGGCCCUUAAUGGCGAGGCCGUCGGGCUGGCCAUGGGCUUGAUUAUGCUGGGCACUGGAAAUGCCAAGGCUCUCGAGACCAUGUUCACGUACGCCCACGAGACCACUCACGAGAAGAUUGUUCGCGGCUGUGCCAUCGGCAUGGCGCUCAUCAUGUUUGGGCGGCAGGAAGGUGCUGAUCCCAUGAUCGAGGGCCUUCUAAGCGAUCCUGAUCCGACAUUGCGCUACGGGGGUAUCCUCACCGUUGCCAUGGCCUACUGUGGAACUGGAAGCAACAAGGCCAUCCGUAAGCUUCUCCACCUCGCUGUGAGUGACGUAAAUGACGACGUCCGACGCAUCGCCGUCAUGAGCCUUGGCUUCAUCCUCUUUAGGAAGCCUGGUAGCGUACCUCGGAUGGUCGAGCUGCUUGCUGAGUCCUACAACCCGCAUGUGCGAUACGGCUCGGCCAUGGCGUUGGGUAUCUCGUGCGCUGGCACUGGGCUGGACGAAGCCAUCGAUUUGCUCGAGCCCAUGAUGAAGGAUCCCACCGAUUUCGUCCGGCAGGGCGCAUUGAUUGCCUUGGCAAUGAUCAUGAUCCAGCAGAACGAGGUCAUGAACCCCAAGGUUGGCGCCAUCCGGAAGACGCUCAAGAAGGUGGUUGGUGACCGCCACGAGGAUGCCAUGACCAAGUUCGGUGCGGCGCUCGCGCUCGGCAUCCUGGAUGCCGGCGGUCGCAACUGCUCAAUCGGACUUCAGACUCAGACGGGUAAUCUCAACAUGGCUGGCAUCGUCGGCAUGGCCGUCUUCACCCAGUACUGGUACUGGUUCCCUUUCACGCAUUUCUUGUCCCUCAGCUUCGCCCCCACUUCCAUCAUCGGCCUUGAUCAUGACCUCGAGAUGCCGAGCUUCAAAUUCCACUGUGCCACCCGCCCCAGCCUGUUUGACUAUCCGCCUGAGCAGGAAGUCAAGACCGAGGAGGGACCGACCUUUGUUACAACUGCAAUUCUCUCCACGACGGCCCAGGCCAGACGCCGUGCUCAAAAGAAGGAGCGCGCUCAACGCCGGGAGAGCAUGGACAUUGAUACGCCUACCGUCGCCAAGACCACAGCUCAGCCAACGAGCGAAAAGAUGGAUGUGGAUGAGGAUAAGAAGGAUGCCAAGACGGAAGAGUCCAAGAAGGAGGGUGAGACGGCCGACAAGGAGGGCUCGGCAAGCCCCGAUAGCAAGAAGAAGGGCGAGAAGGAGAAGGUGGGCUAUGAGAUUGAGAACAUGUCGCGUGUUCUCCCAGGCCAGCUCAAAUACAUCAGCUUCCCGGCUGGACGCUACAAGCCGGUUAAGAAGCCAACUGGAGGCCCACUUCUCCUUCAUGACACACAGCCUGAAGAGCCCAAGACGCUGAUCGAGGAGAAGCUGAAGAAGGUGACGACGGAGCGCGCACCGGUGGCGGGAGCCGGAACGGGUAGCGGGGCCACGCCACGCAACGCCGCACAGUCACUGCUGUCGAACUGGUCGUCUAGAGGAUUGACUGGGGGUAACAACAUCCGGGAUCUUAACGACCUAUUCCCCUUGACAGCACGCGCCUCCCGACAAGCUGAGGGCGGUAGUGAAGCUGCGGCGGGUAGUGGCAGUGGCGCUGCAGCAGCGGCUGGUGUCCUCACGGCUAUCGAUGAGGAUGGCGAGGGCGACCAGGAAGCUCCUGCCCCGGAGGAUUUUGAGUACUUUACAGAUGCUGGAGAGGAGGAGUGAACAGGAACUUCCCGGGCAGUGCCUAGAUUUGCUGGAUUGUAUAAUACUACUGUAACCUGUAAUACAAGGUAUCAGGGAAUAGAUGGCGAGCUCCUUGUAAAGACUCAUUGAUUUCCAUGUGCUUUAGCUGUACCCGA